GAACGCAAGCAGCGAAGAAACAUUAGAAAGAAGAAAAGUUUUUCAAAAAGUUUGUUUUCAACAUUCCUCCGCACUGGCUCUGGUAGAAGAAGCUCCGGGAAUCACCGUCGUGUAAAACUGGUGCAAUCGCGGUCGCGGGUGUAGUGUGAAAAUUAAACCUUUAUUCUUCCUCGCAUCAUGCGACCAAAAACUCCAGCAACCUUCCGGUAUCAGUAGGAAAACAUCCGAUCGAACCGUGGCCGUGUGAGGAAUUUGUGUGUGCAUAGCAAAUAGCAAAGGAAAAGGCAGCGACAGUGAAAAACGCAUUCAAAGGGGCAGAGCCUUUCGGAAUCGGGAGUUUUUUUUUCUUGCUAGUGCUGCUGCUGUUGCCUUCCAUUCGUCGGUGUGUAUCUCUGUCCCGUUUUUGUCGUCGUUGUCUUGUUAACAACUACCUACUGUAGGCAAAAGUUCAUGCCACUAAAAACGUCGUCACACCUAUUCUUAUUGAUGCGAUUUUUUCUUCGGGCUUUUCGCCGUGAAAACUCCGAAAUUUCUCCCAGGCACGAAGUGUGAGCUGGUGUGUCCUGUGGGUGGAUUAUAGAUGGAACAGUUCCAGUUACUGUGACCAAGGUGGUUCCAUUUCCGGGAAAUGAUGGAACAUUGUAUGAACCGAGUCGGCAAAUAAGUAGAUCAAAAGUCGAAAGCUUUAUAAAUUUCCAGGUGAAACGAGACCGAAAAUUCUAAAGAAUACAAAGUGACUUCCGAUAAAAUAAAUAAACGUCAUUCCUGUGGAAAAGUGGAUCUUCAGCGUAACACAACUAAAAAAUAGUCUACUGAUAGUUAAGUGAUUGUGCAUAACAGUAUCAUAUAUGUAAAGCAAAUAAGUGUAACCCAACACAUAACAUGACUCAGUGCUUUCAAUAAAGAAGGAGCGAAAAGAGUGAACGAGUGAGAAUAAGCAAGAAGCAUAAAUUACGUCAACAAAGCUAAAUAUGCGUAUGAUCAAGUUAACCAUCUAACGAAAAAAAUAAAGAAGCAACCAGCUCUUUGUGGAUCCGGAUCGAGAGUGUAGUGUUGUAAAUCUCUUGGUCGGUAGAGAAGAAUAUAGGAAAAUCAAAUCAAACGCGAAAAAAGAACUGCUGCAACCAGCAGAUACUUAAGCCGGUCGGUGUGACAAAACAGAACAACAACAACAACAAUGCCACGCAACGGUGAAGCUUCCGGCUUGGAUAAGGGUUUCAACAGCAAACCGACACCGGACUGGCUACAUCCGGACCAUGUUAUUAUGAACGAAGGUGUCACGUUCGAUGUGCGGUACAUAGGAUGUUUAGAAAUCAAAGCAUCGAUGAAAACAUUAGAUUUUGCCACCCGAUCACAAGUAGCUAAGGAAUGCAUCAACCGGGUAUGCGAAGCGGCCAGCCUGAAGUCCUCCAAGAAACGCCGCGUAGACAAACGGGUAUUGCAGUGCAUAUCGGAUGCGCCUGAUAUGGAACACGCCGGUACCAAUGUGACGCUGACCGUGUCCAGCAAGUACCUCUCGCUGGUCAGUGUCGACACGGGUGACGUGAUUGCCCAGCACGACAUGCCUCGAAUAUCGUUUGCCUCCGGGGGUGAUACGGACACGCUGGACUUUGUAGCGUACGUAGCGAAGGAUAUGGAAGAAUGGCGAGCGUGUUAUGUGCUGGAAUGCGGUGGUGGAGUAGCUCAGGAUCUGAUAGCAACGAUCGGCCAGGCUUUCGAGCUGCGGUACAAAGAGUUUUUCAACAAACCGGAAACGCAGAACAAAUUUCGGGAGUUUGUCAAAACCGACAAAGAAUACUACAACGAUCUGCCGGACAAGAUGCCGCCGGAUUUGCUCACGGAGAACGACCAUUCCUCGCAGUCGCACAGUUCCUCCAGUGUUAGGACACGAGAAAGGAUAUCCAGCAACUUGAUAGAUCUGAACACACCCCUUCCCAAUCACGAUUACGUGAACGACAAACAUUCUAAUACCAAUUCGCACAGCAAUAAGUCGGUAUCUUCCAGUUCCAUUGUGAAGGAUGUUUUUGAUAUGCAACCAUUUGCAAUCUCGUCGGAAAUCCAGAAAUCUCAGCUGUUAACCGAGUCGUGGUACCACGGUAACAUUAGUCGAGCGCAGAGCGAACACCUCCUGAAGAACGAUGGUGAUUUUUUGGUGCGAGAAUCGGCCGGUACCCCCGGCCAGUACGUACUGACAGGAAUGCAGAACAACUUACCCAAGCAUCUGUUGCUUAUCGACCCAGAAGGGAUAGUACGAACCAAAGAUCGAAUCUUCGAAAGCAUAAGCCAUCUGAUCAACUACCACUGGACGAACUCGUUGCCGAUCAUUUCCGCUGAAAGUGCCCUCCUCCUGAGGCAUCCGAUCCUGCGAACGACGGACCUCCUCUCGAAAGCCAAGCAGCAGCAGCAGCAGCAACAACAACAGCAACAACAUUUAGGGCUCAACUGAGGGUGCGAGUGCCAGUGCUGUUCUCACGGUGGUCAAUCACCGGAGCGCAGCACGCUGCUAGAACAACAACAACAAGGCUGUAGUAGCAGUAGUGGCAGUUACAAGAGGGGUAAAAAGUAGAACAUUAUGGAUUAUGUAUAGAUCAACCGUGAGAAAUACAACUCAAAGAACUGUAAAACGAAAACUCUAUAGAUCCUAUAUUUUCUUUUUACUUACACUACUAUUUUAUCGAUCAAAUGAAAACAAGGGAAACUGUCGAGAACAAACCGGGAAACGUAUCACCACGGGAGGGGAAUUCAACUCUGAUCUGAUACACGUAUGGUGUACAAUAAAAGAGAAGACGAAUAACAUUUCGAAUAAAACAAGAAAUACCAAGAGAUUAACAAGAUUAUAUGAGGGGGAAAAAAACAAAUAUAUUCUACCGCAAGCAGGUGCAUGAAAUCAGAAAUUAAAAUUACUAGAAGUUAGUAGAUUUCUUCUAUGACGAAAAAAACAAACAUACAAUUACUAUUACCAGAGGUAAACAAAACACAAAUAAAAUAAGAAUUAUAUAUUGUUAUCAAUUACAGUGCUGUUGGUUGAAGAAAUAACAAAACAAACACAUAAGAAAUUCCAACUGGGUAGCAGUAUUUAUUUUUUCGAUUCUCAUAUUUUACUAUAUAACAACAACUCUUCUUUACUCAGCAGUAUGCAAAUUUCAGCACUGCAUGAAAAAAAAACCAGACACACACGUGAAUAUACUUAUAACGUAAUAUUUUACUCAAAAAAAAAACAAGUGCAGAAAAUACCUUUCUAGAUUCCACAACCCUAACAAUACAAUAAACGAGGACAACAAACAAAACAGAUACAUUCGAAUCCGGCCCGGAGAAGGAUGCAUUUCUUAUUGUUUAAUUUUGCACAAACUCUUUUGCUGUGACUCGAAGGUGGAAUAGAUUUUUGUCGUAUUUCAACUCUAUAUGACUGUGGAUGUGGUUUCGAGGUGAACGCAUGUGCGAGCAUUUUAGGCAGAGAGGAGGAUGUAUGAAUUAGUAGAACAGCAUGUAUGUGAGAUGAUAAUUAUUUAUUCGUUGAAGAGCUGAAACGUGUAUAAACAAUAGCGACAGAAGGAAACUAACAAACGAACAACAAACAAACAUACAAACAAAUAGUUUUCAAGAAUUCAACAUUCAACCAGUAACAUUCAUUAUUACCGUAUUAUUUGAUAAAAAAAAAAUACAAAGGAAAUCUUACACAUUACCAGUAAUGGAAAGAUGAAAAACUAAAUGAGAUGCAACAUUUAUCAAGUUACUAUAUGAAACAGGAGAGCAAACAAAUGCUUGAAAUAAAUAUUUAAAAUACAGUUUAA